CGGGGCCGUUCAUCUUCCCCGUCCGUUGUAAUCCGUACGAGAAUUGUAACAAUCUUAAAGUAGUAUUCAUAUUCGUGCGCAAUGGCGGGUAUGGACGGAUUCGGUUUUGACGCUCACACCGGAAACGGGAGUAGUUCUGAGACUCCGGUUGUGAACGUUUCGGCUGGAUUGGGUGGCUCUGCAGGGCAGACCACUCCGAUCAACAUUCCUUUUGGAUCGAGUGCGGCCAUGGGGCCCACUCCGAUCACCACCUUCGUUGGAUCGAGCGUGACUAUGGGGUCCGCUCCGGUCACCUCGGUUAUUGGACCAACCGCGGCUACGGCCGCAAUGGUCACCCCACUCAGACCGAAUAUGGCUUCGGCCAUACCGGUCAUUCCCUCACUUGGACCGAACACGGGUGUCUUCACAUCCGCACCGGUCGGACAUCCUACUGUCAUGCUGCCUACGAACUCUGUCAAAGAACCGGAAAAGUUCACAGGUGUUGGCUUUAAAAUAUGGCAGCAAAGGAUGUUAUUUUGGCUGACCACCCUCAACCUUGCGAGGUAUUUGAGAGAGGAUCCCCAUGUUGGGGGGGAGAACGCGGACGAGCCAACAGUUCAGGCUAAAGAGGCAUGGAUAGCGAAUAACUAUACGUGCCUUAACCUUAUCCUGAAUUGCUUGAGCGAUGCCUUAUAUGCUGUUUAUAGCAGGGCUACAUCCGCAAAGGAGUUAUGGUCUACACUGUCCAACAAAUACCAGGCCGAGGACGCCGGUACGAAGAAAUUCGUUUUCGGUAAGGUCUUGGAUUUUAAGAUGGUCGAUUCCAAACCCGUGGUCAGUCAAGCUGAAGAAUUGAUUCUCAUUUUUAAUGAGUGCACUGACGAGGGAAUGGGAGUCAGUGAGGCAUUCCAAGUGGCGGCGAUUAUUCAUGUGCUCCCGCCGACUUGGGAUGAGUUCUGGAGCUAUCUCAAGCUCAAACGGAAAGAAAUGACUUUAGAACAUUCGCUUGUUCGUCUCCGGAUCCGUGAAGAGGGUCUCACUCGCGAGAAGAAAGUAGCUGUUGCUAAGGCUAAUGUGGUGGAGCAUCCAUCCAAAGAGGGUUCUUCCAAAGGGCCAAAGCCAAAUAAGGACAAGAAAAAAAUUGGUCCUAAAGGAGGCGUCGCGAAGCCCAAGUUCACGGGGAAAUGCUUCAACUGUGGCAUUAUGGGCCACCGUUCUUUAGAGUGCCGCAAGAAGCCUCAGAAGAAGAAGCAGAAGAUGGAAGAAGCUCUCAGCUUGGAGCUAGAUGCCAUGGACCUUUGUGCUGUCGUGACAGAGGUCAACCUGGUCGAGUCUAACUCGAAAGAGUGGUGGGUUGACACUGGAGCCACUCGUCAUAUCUGCUCUAAUCGGGCCAUGCUCUUUGACCUUAAGGAGACUUCUGGCGACAAGGAUAAAGCGAGGUCACUGUGGGGGCGGUACCAGAACCUUCGGUCAGUCCCUUCUGUUCCUGCUGAAGACAGUGACUCCCGAAAACGAUGAGGUUUUCAACCGUGGGAUGUUGUCGACCCGAAAUCAAUUUUUCAUUCAUGU